AUACAAUAACAGGGAAAACCAACGUGUUCUUGCCCUUUGUUUGUCUUUACCUGUCACAGUUCAUUUUAACAAUAUAAUAAAAACCGCGUACUGUGAUUUUAUCACUUUAUCUGGUAAGGUAAAAAAAAGAAGACGGAAUUUGUUUACUUUCAGGAGGUAUCUAAUAUGGACCGAAGAUGAUCCCAUCCAUUUAACCCUCAUGUUUCGUCCAGUGCGGUGUAGAUUACCAGGAUUCAUCAAGACAUACAUCCUCACACCAGUUGGCAGGUUUUUCAGCUGCAGUAUCGGAAUGGCCAAGAGCAAGUUUGAGUAUGUCCGCAACUUUGAGACAGACGACACCUGUCUGAAAAACUGUUACAUUGUUGUGCGUUUGGAUGGGAGGAACUUUCACAAAUUAUCUGAGCUGCACAAGUUCUUGAAGCCCAAUGAUGAUAGAGCUCUGGGUCUGAUGACACGCUGUGCCCGCUCUGUCAUGGAAGACAUGGAUGACAUCAUCAUCUCAUACGGACAGAGUGACGAGUACAGCUUUAUCUUCAAGAGGUCGUCCAACUGGUUCAAGAGGAGAGCCAGUAAACUGAUGACCCAUGUUGUGUCUCAGUUCUCCUCUUCCUACGUGUUCUACUGGAAGGAAUACUUUGGGGACCAGCCCCUCCUCUAUCCCCCAGGGUUUGAUGGGCGGGUGGUUCUGUAUCCUAGCAACCGCAACCUGCGGGACUACCUCAGCUGGAGGCAGGCAGACUGUCACAUCAACAACCUGUAUAACACAGUGUUCUGGACAUUGGUGCAGAGAGGUGGCUUAACCACGACUCAGGCAGAGGACAGGCUAAAGGGAACAUUGGCAGCAGAUAAAAACGAAAUCAUGUUCUCCGAGUUUGAUAUCAACUACAACAAUGAGCCUCUGGUCCACAGAAAGGGAACAGCUCUUAUCUGGGAGAAGAUGGAGGAGACCGUGACUAAGCGAGUGAAGCUCCCCAACGAGGACGAGAAGGAGGUGCCAGUGACGCGCUUUAGAAGACGCGUAAGUGCUUGCCACUGUGACAUAAUAGGGGACCAGUUCUGGGAGGAACAUCCAGACAUUUUGGAAGACGACAACUGCUGAGCUAACAGAAAAGAGUUUGCUAGUGGCGCGGAGAGCCGGGCGGCCCUUGGUGGUUGAUGUUGAACAUUUGGGACAGUCUAGGCUGUGGGGUUGUGGAAAGGCUCCUGCUGUGACUGUUAGUGUUCCGGGCUUGGCUAGACAGUGUGGACAAGAUACUGGCCGUGGUAGACUCGGAAAUGACUGCCGGACGUUGGACGAGGAACCAAAGGACCUUUGGCAACUGAACACCAUCAUGCUGUUUGCUCAUGUAUUAAAAUGUUUUAUAGUGGU